CCAUAAGUAAUAUCUCUACAGAUAGUUCAAUAAGUCCUGUCACUACUAAUCGUCCCAUAAGUAUUAGUACUAAUACUUUGGGCAAAACAUUAAGUGAUCGACUGUUGGAGCCGUUGAUGGAGUCAUUGCCGAAACUGUUUGUCGAGGUUUACGUCCAGGAAAUACUAAUGACGGGAGAAAUGAGUGCCGAAAACAUACGAUACGGACAGAAGUACUGGAAGAGAACCAAACACGUGAUGCUCACGCGUUUCGAAAUGCUAAAGCGUGCGCUAACUGUGACCAUCAAUGAUAACGAGCGCCACUAUUUGAGUCUAGUUGUGUUAGGAUUGGGACGAAAACUGAACAAUUAUUUGGACAAUUUUGAACACCUAUUGGGCGGCAUUGAGGACGACAUACUGAUCUACGCGCCCACCGAUACCCUCAUCGAUAAUCAUCUCGUGUUUUGGCGUGAAAUGAAACGUGAUUCAUUCGUACGCAUGAUGGCCACCGAUUUAGUGCCCGCGUGGCAUAUAUUACAGCUCCGGGAGUACCUAAAACGUCAGCCCCAAUACAAGCCGAGCCCGUUGUCUGACUUUAUAUUGUAUACGGACUUUAAUAUUGAGGGAAUGUUUGACUUUUACAAGAGUGUCAUUGACUCACACGCGGCAAAUAUGACGGCCGCCGAAGAGCGUGAGCUUUUCCAAUUGAUUCGUGAAAUGAAUGAACUCGAUCUUAAAUUUCAUAUAAUGCCUAUCCUUCCAAAUGACAAGACAUUAUGCGAUCGAGUGUUUGACUCAUUAGAGGACGCGAUGGCGAAGAUGUAUAAAACAGAUUACGUCCAAAAAAUACUAAUGAACGCAACGAUGACUGACCAUAACAUACAGUUUGGCCGCAACUAUUGGAAGCGAUAUAAAGAAUUUCUUAUGAGCCACGUUGAGGUAUUGAAAAAAGUUACCUCGAUGAUCACUGAUAAUAAACAGCGUACAUCUCUGGACGGUUUUAUCAAAAAAUUGAUGGCCGAUUUGGCCGAGUAUUUCGCAAAGUUUGAACAACUAUUGGGCGGCGUUCCCGAAGAGGUGCGCCUCCGGCCGAUGGACGAGUCGGCCAUUGAUUUUCAGUUAAUAUUUUAUCGCGAAAUGAAACGUGGUAGUUUGGUACGCAUGAUGUCGGUGAAUAUGGUGUCCGUAUGGCGAAACCUACACCUACGAGAGUACGUCAAACUACAGCCCCAGUAUCGGCCCCAACCCUUGUCUAAUAUGAUUCUGUUAAUGGAUAUUAAUAUGAAACGCGUGGCCACUAUGUAUAAGAAUGUCAUCGAUAGCCAUAGUGUCAAUAUAACGGCCGCCCAAGAGCUCGAGCUGAUCCAAUUAGUCAAAGAAGUAAAAGAGGUGGAUGGUAGAUUUAUUGAUGCUAUGUAG